AUGUCUCAGCAACACACACUGCCAGGAACUGUCCCUGCUGUUGCUGAGGAAUGCCACAAGACUGUUUCUCCUCCAGCCUAUACCCAGCAGGAACAAAUAAAGCAGUCAACUCCAUCUUCCCUAUGCCAGAAGGUGUCCUCUGAGCUCCAGGAGACGGGUCCCUCAAAACAUGAGGAGAAGCACACAAGCCCUGUGAAGGGGUUGCCUGAGCAAGAGUGUGAACAGCAGCAGCAGCAGCCACAGGAGCAGGAGCUGUGUCUGGGGCAGCAAGAGCCGCAGGAGCAGGAGCUGUGCCUGGGGCAGCACCAGCAGCAGCAGCAAGAGCUGCAGGAAGCACAAGAGCUGCAUGUGAAUCAGCACCAGAAGGAGAAGCUUCGGGAUCCAGAACUGCACCUGGGGCAGCAGCAGCAUGAUCCUCAGGAACAGGAACUGACUCUGGGACAGAAGCAGCAGCAACCUCAGGACCAGGAACUGCAUCUGGGAAAGAAGCAGCUGGAGCCACAGGAGCAGGAGCUCCACCUGGAGCAGAAGCAGCAGCCACAGGAGCCUCAGGAGCAGGAGCUCCACCUGGGGCAGAAGCAGCAGCCACAGGAGCCAUGGGAGCUACAUCUGAGACAGCACCAGAAGCAGAAGCUGCCAGAGCCAGAACUGCACCUGGGGAAGCAGCACCAGCAGGAGCCACCGGAGCCUGAACCACCCCUGGGACAGGGCCAGAAGCAGAAGCCGAAUGAGCCAGAACUGCACCUGGGGAAGCAGCACCAGCAGGAGCCACCGGAGCCUGAACCACCCCUGGGACAGGGCCAGAAGCAGAAGCCGAAUGAGCCAGAACUGCACCUGGGGAAGCAGCACCAGCAGGAGCCACCGGAGCCUGAACCACCCCUGGGACAGGGCCAGAAGCAGAAGCCGAAUGAGCCAGAACUGCACCUGGGGAAGCAGCACCAGCAGGAGGGAGAGCAUGAAGAACAUCCGGAAACAAAAAGCCUGGAUCAGCCACUUGCGCAAGAGAAAGCAUCAAGGGAGCAGCAGCAGCAGCUGGAGGACUCGCACCAGAAGUUCUUGGACCAGCAACCGGAUCAAGAGCUAGCCAAGAAAGAUGAGCAACUGGAAAGGAAGAGCGAGCAGUUGCUGCAGCACCGGAAGCAACAGGAGAAACAGCUGGAGCAAGCUAUUGCCCCAACCCCAGACCAGGUCCAAGAGACCCAGCCAGUCCAACCAGUGAAAGGCGAAGGCUUGCUCCCUGCCGAGAAGCAGGAGCACAACCAGGAAGUGCAGUGA